AUGAGCUACUACACUUUGAGGUGUGUGAUACUUAUGCUAUAUUAUGGCUUGGCUUAUGUAAUAGCUCAGCAGAUAGAAACCGGUUUCUGCGAAGGAAGAAGCUGCCCAGAAGGUGAAGAACGAGCGGAGCAACAGGAUCCGGAGCUUACACAAGAACCAGUUCAUGCAAGUGGCAUGGAGUGGCGCUCGCAUGGAAAUGACAACGAUGAUCUUGUUUCUAAGCUUAAGCGGAACAAAAUCAUCAAAUCUCGACGAGUGGAGGACGCUAUGAGAAAAGUAGAUCGGGGAAACUACUGUAGUAUCUCACCGUAUAUGGAUUCUCCUCAGGCGAUUGGAUAUGGCGUGACAAUUAGUGCUCCUCAUAUGCACGCGCACGCUUUGGAGAUGCUCAAAGACCAUUUGUAUGAAGGGGCUAAGGCUUUGGAUGUGGGUUCAGGUAGUGGCUACUUAACUGCAUGUAUGGCAGAGAUGGUAGGAGAGAGUGGAAAAGUGAUUGGUAUUGACCAUAUUCCUGAACUUGUGGAGUUGUCUAAAAAAAAUAUAAAACAACAAAAUUCAGAUCUUAUGACUAGUGGGAGGAUAGUUCUUGUGAUAGGGGAUGGAAGAAGGGGAUAUGCAGAUGAUGCACCAUAUGAUGCAAUUCAUGUGGGUGCUGCAGCUCACCCCAUCCCUGAUGCCCUCUUGGAACAACUGAAGCCUGGAGGCAGGCUUUUUAUACCUGUAGGCCCCAUCAGUGGUGACCAAUGGCUUGAACAGAUUGACAAGGACAAAGAUGGAAAUAUAGUCCGGCAAAAGUUAAUGGGUGUACGAUAUGUACCUUUAACAGACAGAGAACAACAACAUAGACCUUGAUCACAACAUGUCUCCUUUCUGCAAAUAUUUUGAUAUGUAGGGUAAUAAGGAUGUAAAUGUUUGAGAUGA